GUUACAACAGAUCAGCCAGAUAGAUCAGGAAGGUUUUCCAUCUCUGAUGAAAAAACCCUGAACAUUUUCACUGUGACUAUGAAACAGUCAUCAAAUGGAAGAGCAGCUUACUGGUGUGUUGUGGAGAUUAAUGGAGGCCCAGAUAUCAGACAGUUGGUUUACCUGUCAGCCACCAUAGGUACGCCCAGUCUCUAUGUGGAUAAUCAGGAGGUUACAGGAUUUAUUGGAGAAGCCACAACCAUCAGCUGUCGCUACAGUACCGCUGGAGAAAUGAAGUGGUGCAGGCUGGGAAAGAACUGUGUAACACGGCCAUCCGGAGUAAUAGACGGAACAAGAGUGACUAUCGUUGCACAGAGUUCUACUGUUUUCAGUGUGACUAUGAGUGAACUGAAGCUAACGAGCAGCGGCUGGUAUUGGUGCGCCAAAGGAGACUUCCAGAUGCCAGUGCAUGUAACUGUUACUGAAAAACCCACCACUAGCACACCUCGUGACACUUCUGAUGCUGGACCAACCACCACAGAAGCAAACGUGCAGAACGAGCCAGAAGUCUCUGCAAGCCCUCCUAUUGACCUAAAGCUCCUCAUCUUCCCUCUGAGUUUGUUGAUCUUCAUCGUAGUCGUGACCUUGUUCGUCUGGGCUAGACACAAGCAGACCAAAGCACAACCAUCAACCACAGCAACAACUCAAGAGGAUGCAACGUACUCCAGUGUUGUAUUCAUGCGAAAGUCAUAUCCUGGAAGUGAUGCGGAGGUGAUGUACAGCUCUGUGGUUACCACGAAGAGAAAAAAUGUGAAAAGGGAUGAAGCUAAAGAUGCGGAUGUUGCGUAUAUCACGUUAGCUGAGUACCACCGAAACAUUUAAAUGUUUCAACUGUUUGUCUUUUUGUCUGUAGCUUACUGUCCUCUUUUUCUUCCCUUUUUUUUUUAUAGUAUCACACUGUGUCCUCUGCUGGUAUUAACUGGUAAUAACUUUCCACUUCUCCUUUUAGUUUUUUUACAGCAGCCAAAAAAAAAAAAAAAAGACAACAUGUUUCUUGGUUUUACCGCAUUUACCGCACCAUUGACCUUUCUUUUCAAGAUGUUUGGGAACUCAUUGUAUAUAUUUAGCCUUUUCGUAUUUACACUUUCAUGUAUAUUUGGUAACGUUGUGUAUUUAAGGAACGCAAGUGAAUGUGGAUAGAAUGACAAACUUGUUGUUCAUCAAAUGGCAAACUGGAAUGAUAUUUUCUUUAUUUGAAUUUAUUUGUGUGCAUUAUUAUGUGAAAAAUAUAUUCAGUUGUUGCUACUGUCACAACUCAGUCCAUAUAUUUUUGAAAGUUUAUCUACAGCAAAAUAUUCUGUAUAUUUUUAUACAUCAUCACAUUACCCAAACUGUAACAUCAUUGCAGUAAGGAGAUGUGGUAGAAAGGCAGGUUUGGACUUUUGUAUAUUGCAUAUUGAAUAAACUAUGAAGCAGAUUCAGAUCUGCGGCACAGGGAGUGUUCCUCAGAGCUGGAUUCAGCCUCUGUUCCACCUGCACGUAGAAACAGUCCAGGUCGACCAACGCCACCACUCUCUCCUUUCCGUAUUCCAUGAAUGACAAGAAAAUGUGGUUUAAUGAAAAGAAAGGAGAAAAAAAAAAUACACCCACACUGGCUGGUGGUGCUGCUGUGAAUUCACAGCUUUCACCGGCCGUGGGUGGUCAAUAAAGUUAAACUGGGCGCCGAAA